CAGCUCAUUCAUCACCGCCGCCGCCCAGGGGAAAACCCCGAGGCCUUCGCUGACGACUUAAAGCGGUUGGCUUCCGCCGCCUAUCCCCCUCGUUCGGCCGCCGACAAAUACCGCGUGGUCCCCUAUCACUUUAAGAGCGGCCUAAACUCUGAGGAGGUCUACUAUUCCCUCAGGCACAACCCGCCAGGGGAUCUCGAGGAUGCCAUCCAGAGGGCCAAGCACCUACUCCUUCCGGAUAAGCUUAGGCCUCCUACCAAUCGUCCUGGAUUCCAGUCCAACCCCUCCUCUUCCAACCGCCCGAGAGAUGGCCCUCACUUUUCACAACCAGCCACUCCGCGUUUCCAAAACGCCCGUUUUCCGCGUGGUGGAUUAACCAGGCCAUCUUUCAACCCCAAUCCUCGCAAUGGACGCGACUUAAAUGCCGGUAUCCAUUUUGUUCCUGUUUGUUCUUUUGAUCCUUCUAUAUCUUUACCCUUCUAUACGACCGUUCACGUUAAUCAGCACCCUUAUUGA